AUGAAGUUUCCACCACCCGAAAACUUCUUCGCCCAAGUCCAACCUCCAAACUUUCCAUCCAGCGCAAUUAUGUCUUUCCGUGGCCGUGGCUUCUCCGGCACCGGUGCGAACCGGGGUGGUUUCGGUUCCCGUGGUGGUCGCGGAGGUUUCCAGCCAUCAUUCGGCCCCCCAGCCCAGGUCCUGGAGAUGGGUACCGUCAUGCACGCCUGUGAGGGUGAGAUGGUUUGCGAGUCUAUCAACCCCAAGGUUCCCUACUUCAACGCCCCGAUCUACCUGGAGAACAAGACUCCUAUUGGUAAGGUAGACGAGGUUCUGGGCCCCAUCAACCAGGUGUACUUCACCGUCAAGCCCCAGGACGGUAUUGUUGCUACCUCAUUCAAGCCUGGUGACAAGGUCUUCAUUGGUGGCGACAAGUUGCUGCCUCUUGAGAAGUUCCUUCCCAAGCCCAAGGCUCCUGCAGGUGCCAAGCCCAAGCGCGCUGGCGGUGCCCGCGGUGGUGCCCGUGGUGGUGCUCCCCGCGGUCGUGGUGGCUUUGGCGGUCGUGGCCGUGGUGGUGCCCCUGGAGGUUUCUCUCGUGGUGGCAGCUUCGGUGGCCGCGGUGGUGGUCGUGGUGGUAGCGGCUUCGGUGGCCGUGGUGGCUCUGGUGGCUUCUCUCGCGGCGGUGGCCGUGGUGCUCCCCGCGGUGGUGGUGGUUUCUCUCGUGGUGGCGGUGGCCGCUACUAA